CAGUGCGGCUACAACUGCGGCAAGCCCGGCCACCUGGCCCGCGACUGCGACCACGCGGACGAGCAGAAGUGCUACUCCUGCGGCGAGUUCGGGCACAUCCAGAAAGACUGCACCAAAGUGAAGUGCUACCGAUGUGGCGAGACUGGUCACGUAGCCAUCAACUGCAGCAAGACGAGUGAACUCAACUGUUACCGCUGUGGCGAGUCGGGGCACCUGGCACGGGAAUGCACGAUCGAGGCCACAGCUUAA